AUGCGAAGACGAAGAAGAAUAUGGGGUGUCCUAUUCAUUUCUUUCUUUGUCACAUUUGUCAUUUAUGAAGAAAUCUAUGUGACCAUUUACUAUUUAUACAAGAAUUAUUAUGGUACCACAGUUAUUCGUAAUAUUACUGUUAGAAGAUCUGAAGACCAAAAGUUGAUUUCGAUAGCAAUAAUUACUGUCCUACUAAAUCGCAGUAAUUACGAUGAAUAUCGUUUAGCUCAGGAAAGCUUCGAAUGUUAUGCAUUAUAUCAUAAUUACAAAUGGAUUGUUAUUGAUUUGUCGGCAAAUGAUACGCUACAAAGAUUAUGUCCUCACGAAGAUUUCAUGUUUGCCCGACACUGUGUCACAGCAGAAAUAAUGAAAGAAGCAAAUGAUAUUCAAUGGUUUCUAUUUAUUGAUGCUGAUAUGGGAGUUAUUAAUCCUAAUCAUUUGAUCGAAGAAUGGAUUGAUAAUAGUGUAAAUCUCAUCUUAUACAAUCGAAUUUUCAAUCACGAAGUAAUGGCUGGGAGUUAUUUAGCAAAGAAUACUCCAUAUUCUCAGAAAUUUCUUCAAUUUUGGGCAAAUUAUGAACCACAAUUGCAAUUUCCAGCCUUUGGGUCAGAUAAUGGCGCAAUUCAUAAUGUUUUGCUCGAACUUAUAUUUCCUGAAAAAGUCAGUGAAAGAAAAUUUUGUGAAAGCGUUUGGAUGGAAGCAAAGAAUUUUGAUGAUUUAAGUCUUUAUGUAGCUUGCGUUCGAAAUAUUACUGAUGAAGCAACAAUCUGGCCAAAUCAAUUGCGAAUUCUUCCAAAAGGUGAAGCAUGGGCUCGUGAUACUUGGAUUACUGAUUCGAUGUGGAGUGAACGAGAUUUCAUCCUGCACGGUUGGCAAAAACGACGAAUUAAUCGGAUUGUGUUUGCUGGUUGGCCAUCGCCGUUAGUAUCGCAUAAUUUCAAUCUUUCAUUUUGUACCAGUUUUGAUACAGUUUCAUCAAAUUGGCAAUAUAAAGAUACAUUUAUUAGGAGUAAUUCUGAAGUGGAAAGAUGGCUUAAUAAAACAAUUAUUGCUUCAAGUCAUGACUUUGAAAAACACUUGAAAUUACUUAGCAGUCGACAAAGACUGUGA